AUGUUCCCCUAUGUCCACAUCCCACUAUCCCCAGCACUUCACUCAUGGAAAUCCUCAGGCAAAUUCUUCACCUACAAGGGACUGCGCAUCUUCUACCAAGAUUCUGUGGGUGUGGUGGGAAGUCCAGAGAUUGUGUUUCUACUACAUGGCUUCCUAGCAUCCAGCUACGAUUGGUACAAGAUUUGGGAAGGUCUGACCCUAAGGUUUCAUCGAGUAAUUGCUCUGGAUUUCUUGGGCUUUGGCUUCAGUGACAAACCGAGACCGCACCACUACUUCAUAUUUGAGCAGGCCAGCAUCGUGGAGGCACUCUUGCGGCAUCUGGAGCUCCAGAACUGUAGGGUCAACCAUCUGUCUCACGACUAUAGGAACAUUGUGGUGCAGGAACUGCUCUACAGGUACAAGCAGAAUCGAUCUGGGCGGCUCACCAUCAAGAGUCUGUGUCUGUCAAAUGGCAGUAUCUUUCCUGAGACUCACCGUCCUCUCCUUCUCCAGAAGCUACUCAAAGAUGGAGGCCUGCUGUCGCCCUUUCUCACACGCUUGAUGAACUUCUUUGUGUUCUCUCGAGGUCUGACCUCCAUCUUUGGGCCCUACACCCGGCCCUCCGAGAGUGAGCUGCGGGACAUAUGGGCAGGGAUUCGUAACAAUGACAGGAACUUUGUUAUUGACAGUCUCCUACAGUACAUCAACCAGAGGAAGAAGUUUAGAAGACGCUGGGUGGGCGCCCUGGCCUCUGUAACUGUUCCCAUUCAUUUUAUCUACGGGCCAUUGGAUCCCUUGAACCCCUACCCAGAGUUUUUGGAGCUGUACAGGAAAACACUGCCACGCUCCACAGUGUCGAUUCUGGAUGACCACAUUAGGCACUACCCACAGCUAGAGGAUCCCAUGGACUUCUUGAAUUUGAGUGAAGGUUUACAGACUCAGCUUUACAUCCACCAAAUUCCUUGCUUUGUUUCAUCUCAAUUAUUACCAUCCCCUCCCUGCAACAAGUCAUUCUAG